AUGGAGUCUCUCAACCGUGAUGGCGAAACUAGUGCCGGCCCUUCUACCGUGGACCGAGAGCCAACUCGGGCGGCUCGCUCGAACAACUGGCGGGCCCGUAACUCAAUCUCGCCACCGAGGAAUGACAGCUACAACAGUAGGAAUUCUGGGAAUGACAGACGCACUAGAAACGACAACAUUCAGGAGAGGCAGGGCGAUGGAGGCUAUAGAGGCAACAUGCGGGGGACUACGGUCGUCGAAACGAUUGGGGUUCUCGUCGAGAGGAUGGAGCCUCAUUCAGGCUCCGACGCUAUUGCAGAGGGGCGCCGUAUAUACGUGGGAAAUAUUCUCUAUCAUGUUCGCCCAGAACAAAUCUCGGAGGCGUUUGCGGCGCAAGGCUUCACCAAUAUUGAUCAGAUCCACAUAUCCAUCGAUCCGGUGACUGGGCGCAACCCGGGAUAUUGCUUCGUCGAAUUUGAGACGCGUGAGGUGGCAGAUGAUGCAAUCCAGCGCAUGUCCAGGGUCCCCAUUGAGGGCCGGCCUCUGCAAACUGGUCCUUGCCGCCCCAAGAGGCAGCAGCAGCCUGCGAGACAACACUACUCACGGCCAUCUCGCGACCCUACAUUCCAGAGAUGGGGAAAUUGGGAUGGUGAAGGUGGCCAGGUGAUGGAGAACGGGCAGGGUCCCGUUGGAGCUGAGGAGCAUCUCGUUAAUGUCGUGGACGAUGACCAGCGCUGCAGAGUCUUUGUUGGCGGGCUCGACAAAAUGAUGAAUCAAGCGCAAAACGAUGAAGAGCUCAGGGAGAUUUUCAAGGACUUCAAGGUUGUGGCUGUGAGCAAGAGAAUUACUCCUCACGAGUCCACAAGAGCAAGGCCCGGUAAACACCAUUAUGCCUUCGUCGACUUGGAAACGCGUGAAGACGUGGCCUGGGCUAUAGAGACCUUAGACGGCACUUUGUGGCAAGGGAGCCGACUUAGGGUUCAGCCACCAGCCCGCAUUCCAGUUAGAAUUGCUGAACGAGGCAUAAGGUGGAAAGGCAGUGGUGAACAAGCUGAACAAGCUUUGGAA